AUGUCCUGUCAUGGCCACAUAGCCAUUCUCUCUCCUCCUUUAAUUCAAUCCCCAAAAUAUUCAUUGAAUUGAAGCUUCCUCUCAUCAACCCCGCGAUAACAAUACCAAUACCAAUACCAAACCAUCCUCAAAGAACAAGUCAAAUACAAUACAAACGAAAAAAAUGGACUCCGAUUUCUGGACCUCUCGUCUCGCAGCUGCCAAACGCCAAUAUACUUUGCAGCACCAUCAUCAGAGCUCUCACUUAGAUCGGUUGAGCAUCGAUGAUUUCGAGGUAGAAGACGAGAUCCGACCGGAUUUCCCAUGUCCCUAUUGUUACGAGGAUUUCGACAUCGCUUCACUAUGUUCCCAUCUCGAAGACGAGCACUCGUGCGAGUCUAAAGUCACACCGACUCGAUUGGGCUUGCUUUUUUUGGUAUGUCCUAUUUGCUCUGUUAAAGUUUCAAGAGACAUGCUAAGUCAUAUCACACUGCAACAUGGAAACUUGUUCAAGUUGCAGAGACGUCGCAGAUUACGUAGAGUUGCAAUUCCCAAUAGUCAGGCAUUGUCUCUUCUAGGUCGAGAUCUCCGUGAGGCUCAUUUGCAAGUGCUUUUAGGGGGUGGUGCAUAUAGGUCAAGCAAUGGAAAUGUUACUAAUGCGGCUACUGAUCCUUUCCUUUCGUCUCUUAUUUUGAAUUUCCCUGCAUCUGAAGCCGAGGAAAUUUCAAAGUCUGUGGUAACAAGUGUGGAAGAUACUCCUCCAAGAACUUCAGCGCCAGCAUACAUGUGGAGAUCAAGUUUGGAUCCCUCUUUGACUUUUGAAGAAAGGGAGAAAAGGAUGAGACAAGCAACAGGAAGAGCUGGUUUUGUGCAGGACCUGCUUCUAUCUACUCUAUUAAGCGACUAACAAAAGCAGUAAGUUGUUUAGAAAAAUAAUUGGAUGAGAUAUAAAUUCGUUUCAUGAGAGGUAAAUGUUGGAUGGGAUUCUAAUUGUUUACGUUAUCGACCACUUCAAUGUAUACCUCAUUUGAAAUGUUGAAGCAGCCCCAAUAAUUGCUGGAUGAUAGAUAUCUCCUCCUCUGAAUUGUACUACCUUCUGCAGAAACAAUGAUCUUCUGUUCACAGAAGACUUUUAAUUUAUGAAUAGUUUGUCUUGCAAGAUAAACUCUUUGAACGCCAAUUCACAGCAAAGCAUCCAUGAUCAUCAUCUUAUAGAGCAAUGUUACUCCUCUUUCAGUUCCUGCACAAGUGGAUAGUGUAGAGGGAGAAGAAUGUGUAAUGCUUAAUUCUGUAAUAUUUGUUGCCUUUGUUGAGUUCCCUCAAAAGUAAACUAUAUGGAAGAAAUCUGUUAAGUCUUUUCUGUUGGUUACGUUAGAAGCUGAUGACAUCCUUAACAUUUGUGGAAUGAAAUAUUAAAAUGACUUUGUAAUAA